AGUCUUCUGGGAGGGGGUGUGAAGAUGCUUAAAGAGUGUCCAGGGAUGGCAGAAGAUCGUCAGCAGCAAAUGGGUGUCCCUGUGGUAAAACUGGAGAAAGAGUUGCCGUGGGGCAGGGCGCGGGAAGGCCCCAGCCCGGAGACUUUUCGCCUGAGGUUUCGGCAGUUCCGCUACCAGGAGGCGGCUGGUCCCCAGGAGGCCCUCAGGGAGCUCCAGGAGCUCUGUCGCCAGUGGCUGCGGCCCGAGCUGCACACCAAGGAGCAGAUCCUGGAGCUGCUCGUGCUGGAGCAGUUCCUGACCAUCCUGCCCCGGGAGUUCUACGCCUGGAUUCGGGAGCACAGCCCGGAGAGCGGCAAGGCCCUUGUGGCUGUGGUGGAGGGCUUCCCGGAGGGAGCCCCGGAGGCCAAGGCGGUUCCGUGCCACGUGCGAGGAGAGCAGGCGGAGACGGCGCUUCGCAGAGGUCCUUGGGAACCAAGUGUCCGCCUGGGGCCAGUGGAGGUCAAGCCCGAGUGGGGGCUGCCCCGUGGGGAAGGGAUUCAAGGCCUCGACCAAGGCACUGAGGAGCAGACCAGCCAGGACCCCGGAGAGGGGACGCAGGCCUUCCAGGAGCAGGCUCGGCCAGUUCCUCGGGCUGGUCCUGGCCUCCCUGCAGUGAGCACCGGAGACCAGGAGAUGGCAGUGGGGUUCCUUACAGCUGGAUCCCAGGGGCUGGGCCCAUUUAAAGACAUGGCCCUGGCUUUCCCCGAGGAGGAGUGGAGGCACGUGACCCCAGCCCAGAUAGACUGCCUUGGGGAGUACGUGGAACCCCGGGACUGCGGGGUCUCACCUCCAGAACCACCCAAAGUGGAACCCGUGGCUGCUCCCCGGGACCCUCUGGACCUGGCAUCUGAGCCUGUGCCUCAGUCCUGUCAGCUGGCCCUGAAAUGCAUUCGCCACCACCUACCUCUUGUUCCUGAAUCAUCUCCGUCCUCAGUGCAUCUCGGUCCUUGUCAUCUGAGAGGUACUUGGGGUCCUCAGGGCCACCUGGAGAUGAUGAGACGGUAGCAGUCUGUUUUGCAUGAGUGCCAAUUUAGGAAAAAUAGAUGUUUGUAGGCAUCAAAAAAAACACAUUUCUUAAAAAAUGAGAAGAUGCGGUGUUUGUAAACGUGUUUAAGCUUUCUUAUAUUAUUUUGCCGUCGUUAAAGGUUUUCCUUUCUCUUGGACAUUCUGGAAACUGCCUAACUAGCCUGGACCGCGCUGCAGUGUCGUAAUGCUGUGCCUUGGGACGCCGGCUGCUGAGUGACUAGUUUUCUGAUGGGACUGUAAGUUAGUCUGUCUUUGGACUGUGUCCUGUAAUUGCAAGAUGCGAUUUGUCUCCUGGUGCCUCUUGAUAUUAUAUUCUUUCACUGGGAUUUUUUCCCCCCCAUUUUCCAUUGUAAAUAAGGUAAACGGUAAUGACUUUAAUACAGAGAGUUGCAUUACUCGGUCCACCUUGAAAAACAUUAUUUUAUCACUCAUUUCUUGGCAGAUACCCGUGGUGUUUACUUUUGAUUUAGCGAAUGGCCUCCUGGCCCUGCAGUUGUCCCCACGAGGCUGCGCUGACCAGGGCGCUGUGAGAUGUCCACUCUCUGAGAUGCUGGGCCGCUACUUCUCAGCGGCGUCGAGGUCCAGAUGCAGAGUCAGCUCUUUUCUUCCCCAUGCCCCAGACAAGCCAGGCAAGGCUUACAGCCACCUGGAGGCCAAACCCAACGAGGGGCUUUUCCUAAGCCUCUGGCCUGUAGUCUGCGUGACGUGGGGGCUGACCUCACCUGAGUUUGGCCUUUUCUGGAAGGUCUGUAUUCCAAAGCUAGAUGGGGAGUUUGGGGCCAGCACGGCCUCCGAGUUGUUCAUCAGUGGGCUUCUGUUUACCUGAAUUAAGUGGUAGAUUCUCUGAUCAUACGCUGGGUUUCCAGUCAGUUGAGAUCUCUUGAGGGAGCUUCUGUAAGAGGCCUUGCUGUCUUUCCCACGUGGGCUCCCCUGUCCGCGUUGAGACCAAAGCUCAUGGAUAGUUCCUCAAAAGAGUCUCAGAAGAAAUCUUUCCCCAUGGAGUUGUAGUAGCCUUAUUUUUGGUAUCUAUUCAAAUGUCAAAUAUUGUUUUCUGUAUUUUUCUAUUUAGGAAUUUUUCAUAAUAGAAAGUUUCACACAUAUAUAAAUGAAUCUUCAUGUAUUCAUCGUUCAACUUUAACUAAUAUAUACUCAUAACCAAUCUUGUUUUAUCUCUGCCCCAUCCUCCUCCUCAUCUUUCUCCCCAGUUGAAGUAUUUUAAAGCAAAUCCCAAAUGUUGUUUAUAGAUAUUUCAGUGUAUACCUCUAAAUGGUAAGGAUUCUUAAAAAAAAAACAAAAACUCACAAUACUAUUAUCAUACCUAAAAAGCUGAGCAGUUCCUUAAUUCCAAAUUAAUGUUUUUUUUAAAAAAACCCACGAUUUUAAAAAAAACCUUUUUUAAGAUCAAAGUAAGAGGACUUCCCUGGUGGCACAGUGGUUUAAGAAGCCGCCUGCCAAUGCAGGGGACAUGGGUUCGAGCCCUGGUCUGGGAAGAUCCCACGCGCCACGGAGUAACUAAGCCCGUGCGCUACAACUACUGAGCCUGCGCCCUAGAACCCGCGAGCCACACUGCUGAGCCCGCGUGCCACAACUGCUGAAGCCAGCGCAUCUAGAGGCCGUGCUCCACAACAAGAGAAGCCACUGCAAUGAGAAGCCCGCACGCCGCAACAAAGAGUAGCUCCUGCUCGCCACAACUAGAGAAAACCCGUGCGCAGCAACGAAGACCUAAUGCAGCCAAAAAAAAAAAAAAAAAAAAAGUAAGGUCCAUAAAUUUUAAUUUGUUGCUUUGUCUUCUAAGUCUAAUAAUCUAUAGUUCCUAUCCCUUUCUCCCCUUAAAAAAAUUUUUUUUUUAAUUUUAAUUUUUUAUUUGGCCAUGCUGCAUGGCUUGUGGGAUCUUCGUUCCCCGACCAGGGAUCGAACCCACGCCCCCUGCAAUAGAAGCGCGCAGCCCUAACCACCGAAAUGCCGGGGAAAUUCCCCUCCCCUUGAAAUUCAUUUUAUUGAAACAACUGGAUUAUUUAUCCUGUGGAGUUUCUCACACUCUGAAUUUUAUUGUUUGCUUACUCAUGGCAUAAUUUAAUAUAGUUCUCUGCCGUCUGAUUAACUAAAAACUUAGAGGUGUAGCCAGAUUUGUAUUUCACACUUUGGCAAGAGCACAUUGCAGAUGGUGGCAUGUCUGGUUGUUUCUCAUUAUAUAUAUGAUGUUGGGAGCCUAAAUGC